UUGCCUCACGGUCGCCAUCUUGCCUUGUCUUACUACUUUACUACCCAAAAGGUUGUCAGUCUAGUGUUAUGAGGCUGUAUACGACGCGCAAAACUUUUACCGAAACUUUGAUAUUAAGCACGGUGAACGUUCAUUUGUUUUGCAUUUUGACCUAUUAUCCAAAGGAUUUACUUUUCCAACAUUAUUUAAUCACGCUUGUAUCCACUUUUUAAGAUGAAUUUACGGUGUUAAAAAAACCAACCAAAUCGAAAGUGAAACUGGAUGAAUUACGUUUCGCGAUGUAAACACUAAAUAUGUGUUCAAUUUGAGAAGGCGAAUCGAUCACAGACGAUGGAAUAUGUAUGCAAUACAGACUGUCAUUGCCGAUUGUAGUUCUGGAUAAAAAAAACAUAUGAUGACAGCCUCAGGCUUCAAUAAGAGCUUUUAGAUAUUGUUUGGAGCAAAAUCAACCAUGACCGACAACGAAGUCAAUCAAAAUAACAAUGGCCUGUCGAUGUUCCAUCUGCGCCGCAUUGGCCAGAGGGCAAGCAAGGCUGGAGUUGCUGACACCAUGGAUUUCUACAAUGUCACAUACAUUAUUGGCCGCAGUGUGGACAAGGUUGAUUUUGUGAUAGACUCCAAUACGUACAUUCAAAGUGCCUGUAUAUCGCGAUGUCAUGCCAGAAUAGUAAGGCAGGCUGGGAACCAACAUAGGCUGUACGAUGACAGUCUGAAUGGAGUCUUUGUAAAUAAUAUCAAAAUUGAAGGGAGCUGUGUAUUGAGGGAAGGUGACCGGGUCACGUUUGGUCACCCCACGGGCAUGAGGAUCCCUGCAGGGAGCAGGGUGAGGCAGCCAGACUCUGAACACCAGUUUAUGUUUGAGGCAUGCCGCUGUGGACUGCACAUCCAGACAGUAGCGACAGACCAGACUGACAUUGUGAAAGGUGGACUAGAGGAGGAGCAGAAGGCUGAGUUCAAGAAGCCAGAGGUGGUGGUAGAGGCAGGUAGCAGAUCUGCCACUUCACAUUAUAGAGUUCCACGAUUCCAGACAGAGACAUUGACACACGAUGAUAUGGCAUUUAUGGAGAAAGAAAAAGAAUCGACGCACCAAAGUUUGUUAGACCAGAAAGCACAUACAAACCAUUAUGAUGUUGAAAGAAAAACACCAGAAAAAAACAUAACAGACUCAGCUAUAGCAAAAGAGACAACUGACGUUUACUGGAAUCAAUCUAGUAAAGAAUCUUGGAAAGACAUAAAAGAUAAUCUGGAAGUAGACAUGGAACAGAUUGAAACUGAAGGUAUGCAGCAGCCAACUAUGAGAGGUAAUGAGUUCCAACCUGAACAGAAUAUUGCUGCAGAGAUUGAAGGCACCUUUAAAAACAUCAUUAAGGACUUGUCUUCAAUAUGUGAGAAAGAAAGUGGUUUGAAGAAUGCAGUUCAUGAGAAGUCACCAACUAAAGAUGCAUAUAUUCAGACUUCUCAGUCCUGUGCAAUGCGUCAACAAUCACCAGUUAAAGAUUUAGAGAUGCAGACCUGCAUUGAAUUUGAGGUUGCCAUGAAUAAUUAUAAUGAAAAGGUAUCUGUUUUGAAAGAAAAAACAGCGAUUGCAACAGAAAUGAACAUUUCUGAAUACCAUACAGAUUCAGUUGGAAGUGAUGAGAAUACUGAAGAUGUAUGUGGUGAUCGUACUAUAAAUUAUAGUCCCAAACCAAACAGUAUUGAAAAUAAGAGCGUUGCAGGAAAGUUGUGUGAGCUAGAGGAUAGAGAUUCGGCUGCAGAAAAUAAAUGCAUUGAAGAAGACAAUUCUGACUGUGCUAAAGGAAGUAUAGAUUCUCUCGUACAAACUCGUCAAUCAGUUGUAGAAAGUGAACAGCAGGGUGCAAAAUGUGUUAAUGGUACUGCCACAUAUGUUAACAAUAUUACAGGAAUUAUUGCAAAAUGUUUAGGCAAUGUUGCUGAAAAUGAGGACACAGUUGCAGAGGAAGUUUCACAGAAUACAGACAGCAUCGCUGAAAAUGUUUCAGAAAAUGAUGAACACAAAGGAGUCGGAAUAAAAACUGAAUACAUUGCAAAAAGUAAAAGUUGUGCUAAAGACAUUGAGGAUGAUGUUGCUGUUCAAAAUAAUGCCUCCAUUAGAGUGGCUGUGCAUGGUGGUAAUGGUGAAGUGAACACUGUACUACUUACAUUAAAUUCAGAGAGUGAUGGAAAAGAAUACACCAAAGAACAAAUUGAUAUGGAUGUUGAUGCAAAACUUGACAUUGAUGUUGACAGCACUAAAAUGGAUAAUAAUUGUGAAAUAGAAAAUACAGAAGUUUCAGCAGAUGAUAAGUUCGUAGUAAGAGAAGCUAAUAAUACUGGAGUUACAACUGAUUGUGUUUUACAAAGUGGAGGAAGAGUUGACGUGAAAAAGAAAACAAGUAUAAUUGGUAAAGGGAUGGAUUCUGAAAAUUUUGAUAGUCAAUGCAUUGAUGCCGAAAGCUCUGACAAUGAAAAAAAGACAGAGGGCGAUUAUGGUGCUUCAAAUGAUUAUGAUGAUGCCCCUGUUAAAAUAGGUGCUGAAGAAAAAUGUGUUGAACAUGUUCAGUCCGAGGCCAUGACAAAAGCUUCGUAUAUCUUAUCAGAUUCUGUAGCAUAUGAUGAUUCAGACACUAAUGACGAAGAUUAUAUUGAUGCUAUAGAGAAAGUUGAAGAAGAUAAUGUUGAGUGUGAUGAUGUGGAUAAUGAAAUAGAUCACCAAUCUUGUUCAUCUUAUAGUAAAGGGGUAGGAGUUGAGUCUGACUAUGGUCAGUGUUCUGCUAAAUAUGAAAGUAACAAUGAAAUAAACUCAUGCUUUGCAUCAGAAGUCAGCUAUGAAAAUGACGAUUCUGAAGAUAAUUUUUAUGAAAAUGAUGAUGGCCUUGAAUCAGAGUUGGCAUACAUUGAGACUGAUACUGAUACAGCCGAGAAUGACACUACUGCCAAGGAAGCGCAUGUGAUAUCUACAUCUUUUGAAGUGUAUAACAGUGCUAUUGAAAGUGAAUCAGACCAGGGAAACAUUGUUGUAAAAGAACUCAGCACAAGCUUCUUUGGUGAAAUACCAGAUACAAACUUAAUUUAUCGAGCUGGAAUUGGAAAUUCAUUGAAUGAUACUGACAUUAGUUCUUUAUAUGAAACGGCCAGUUUAGGUGAAAGUGGUAUGUCUUCCCUUAUAAACAAUGACAAGUCAAUAUGUUGUGACGAAAUAGGAAGUAUUGUAUCUACCAAUGAUGAGGAUAUCUGUGUGGAAAAAAUGAAAGAAAAUGAUAAAUGUAAGCAGAAUAAGGCUUAUGAAGAUUGUGAGAAGGCAAUAUAUGAGAAUACAGUUGUUAAAAACAAUAAUGUUGUUGAUGAAACCAAUGUUGAUUUGCAAGGCAGGAAAAGGAACAUGUCUUCAGAAAUAGAUGAGAGCAAUGGAAAUGAAGUGACAAGAAAAAGAAGGUGCAAAGGAGAUGAGAAUGAUGAACAUGCAACAGUGGGUACUGUUGAUGCUAAUAGGGUUGCAGAGAAGAAACAAACCACAGAUGUUGUUAAAUUAGCGCUUGCGAAACUGAAAUUGCAAAUGAAACAAGUAUUGAAGAUAAAGUCUAGUAGACAUAUUGAUUUGACAAAACAGAAAGAUAAUGAAACUCUUGAUGAAAGUGAAUCCUGUACAAUUAGAAAUUAUGAAAAACUUCAUUCUGAAACAGAAAGUAAUAUGGAGAGGUUGGUUCAAAAUGACCUGGCAGUUGCUAGAGAAAUUAAUCAUGACCAUGCUGAUUGCCUUGGUAAUGAUACUAAAAUGUUAGAAAAUAAGACCAAAUGUUUGGAGACUGUAGCAAAACUUGACAAUAUUUAUAACAACUUGAACCAAUCUAAUUUGAAUAAUAAAGAUAAAGACUUCAUAAUGGGAGAAAAAGAAGCUCAAAUAGGUGAGGACGAGGCAAGACAUAAUAAUCUGCAUGACAUAGCAGAAGUGUCUGAUAAAAAAUUUACUAACAACAUUGAACUAGACAUUAAAAAAGGUAUCUUUGAAAGUGAAGAUAUUGGUUCCGAGAAGAGUGGGUUUAAUGAUGAAGAAAAUGUGGUUCUAGCCGAUGUUAAAUCAGAUGCGUCAAGUAGUGUAAUUUGUGUUGAUAAGAAGUCUGCUAAUUGUAUGAAUAAUGAUUCAUUUAAGAACAUAGAAGACAUGGUUACAGAAAGUUGUUGUUUUAUUGAUGCAGGUAAAAUGACUUUAACGGAUGAAACUAAUGAACCCUUAGAUAAUGAUAAUAAAAUAGGAUAUGCACAUGAUGUUGCGGAAAUUGUGAAUGAGGUGGUUGGAAGGGAUGAAAUGCAGGAGAACGUCAAUGUAAUAAAACCCUUAAACGUAAAACAAAAUGAUCUCAAUAUUGAUGAAGAAAAAGCAAAUGAAGGUUUAGAGGGAGUUGAUGCAAGUGUUGAUGAGCCUGAAACCAACAGUUACACUGAGUGUUUGUCUACCAGUUGGAUGAAUGCGAAAAGUAGAACAGCCUCAAAAACCAAGGAUGAACUGGAGGACACUAUUAUGUCACCAGUAAUAGACCAUCUUGGAACCAGCCAUCCAAAGAGCAGGCAACCACAGUCUUCAAUCAUAGCUGAGAAGGGAACCAGUAAGUCUGAAAGCAUUUCAGUGACCCAAUCAGAAGAUGAUGCAAGAAGUGUCCUUAGUUGCCAGUUUUCUGAUGAUGGCGAUUUUGGAGCAGAUAUUGAUUUUGAGCACUUUGAUGAAGAUGAAAAUCAUGAAUCAGCUGCUGAUAAAAUUAUAAUAGAUGGUGGUCAUAGUUCAGACACUGUAUCUUUGGCAUUCAAAGACGGUGAUAACCAAAAUAUGGACUUAGGAUCCUGUUCAUAUGAACAAGCAGAAAUACUGCCCUUAAAUACUUCCACUUCAAUGUUAGUCAAGAAGAAUAAAGGUGUCAAAAGAAAAUGUCAGUUUGAAGAUAAUCCAUAUGCAUAUACCACACCACUAAAUCUGUCCACAGAGAACGUCUGUGAUGUUUUCAAAUGCCCAGAAUCAGUGCAUAAGCAAAGCUUGGGGCCUUCAGUUUUGAAAGAUGACGGAGAUUCCCCUGGCAUCUCAGGGACACAGUUGAUAGAGAGUUCAGAAUCGGCAGACUUCAGAGAUCUUACCAUGUCACAAGUUUUCAAGGUUUCCCACAGCUUAGAGGCUAAAGCAAAUGACACUUGCAUGUCAGGAAAGAAACGCUCCAAAGCCAAAGAUCUCUUGGAAAAGUUGAGAGCAAAACGACAGAUCAAGGAGGAGAAGGUUGAUAACAGUGAAACUGUGAAUGAGUCAAGUGGAGGACCCGUGCAAGGAACCAGUACUGAUAUGGAUAUCUACAGACGUACAGAGCUGGCACGGACAAAGGCCAAUGAAAUGCUAUCUUCGAUUGAUAACCAUGUAUCCAGCUGUCGUUCCCUGCUGGAUGCCACCAAGGACAUGUUCACGAAGACUCCUGCCCUCUCCACCAAUCCUCGUGUACAGGCUUGGGGGAAGGAGCUGACCGACAUAGAGAAGAAGCUCAUAUUCCCCAAGACAGUGAUAGCAGUGGUAGGUGAAACGGGGGCGGGGAAGUCCAGUCUGAUGAACGCUCUACUAGACCAUCGCAGUGUGCUGCCCACAUCAGGUAUGAGGGCCUGUACAGCUGUGGUGGUGGAAGUCGUACAGAACACCACAAGCAGCAGUUUUGAGGCCGAUAUCGAGUUCCUACAGAAAAAGGAGUGGUUUGAUGAGCUUGAGGUGCUCCUGAAGGACCUGACAGCCCUGGACGGGACCAUCAAGAAGGGAGUACCUGACCCCGCUUCUGAUGCCUACUCCUCGUACUGUAAGGUGCGGGCUGUCUACGGCCGGGUAGAACCCCUUUCAGUCCUCACCAGAAUCACCACGGUUACACAUCAGCUGGGCAAAGUGAGCGUUCUCAAGUCACAUAACGCAGAUAAUUUCCGUCGUCAAGUGGAGACGUACAUAGAGACGCAAGAACCGGGGACAGGGGGUCAGUACUGGCCGAUAGUGAAGCACGUGAGACUGAGACUCCCACACUGUGAUGUCUGCAGCAGUGGUGCUGCUCUUGUGGAUCUACCGGGUGUCAGGGACUCAAACGCUGCCAGGGACCGCAUUGCUAAAGAGUACCUGAAGAAUUGCACUGCAGUGUGGGUGGUAUCUAGCAUUCAUCGUGCCAUUGAUGAUAAGACGGCCAAGGAUCUGCUGGGGGAGAACUUCCGUCGUCAACUGCUGAUGGACGGGCAGUAUGGCAGCAUAGCCUUCAUAUGUACCAAGACUGAUGUACUCAUGCCAUCGGAGAUCAUCAGAUCGCUAAAACUUGACAAAGAAACAAGAGAAUUGGAAACAGAAAUCAAAGCACUAGAAACGGAGAAAGUAGACCUCGACCUAUCUGUUGCUAAUGGAAACCUAGAGGCUAAGAGGUUACAAGGCACCAUUAAAGAGCUGGAAACGGAGGUGACAGAGCUCCGUAACAAUCUUGCCGAAAUCAGAUCUCUCCUUGAUCCGGUCAGCCAAGAUAGUCAACAGACCGAGGAGGUAGAAGCUCUGAAGGAGUAUGAGGAAGAGAUUCACUCCAAGACCACAGAGAUACAUGAGUCAGAGGGGAGGAUAGCGGGGUUGAAGUCUCAACGACAGGAGGCCAUGCAAAAGACUAUGCUGCUGGAGAAGCGAUUGGUUGUCCUCAGGAAGUCUAUUGCUGCCAUCUGUGCAAAUGCCAGGAACCAGUACUCCCAGGCUCAGAUUAGGAAAGACUUCAAGGCUGGAUUGAGGGAGAUGAAGCGUCGUGCUGGCAUGACCGAGACAGACGACCCAGACGAGGUGGACGAUGUAUACGAUGAUAACGAUGACGACGACGUCGGCAGUUCAGCAGAUAACCUGCGUGUCUUCUGCUGCAGCGCUACAGAGUACCAGAAGAUGAGCAAUCUGCUCACAGAUGAUGGACCUCCGCAGGUGUUCAGCACACUUGAGGAGACCCAGAUUCCAACGUUAAGGAACUACGUACAUGAGAUGACAGGCAUUAGACAGAGGCAGUCAAUGGAGCGACUGAUCCACAGUGUGGGAAGAUUCGUGGCCGAUAUUCUACUGUACACCAGUCAUGAUGGAAAAACUUGUGCGAAAGGUAACACUUUUACCAAGACAGUUGUUGACAACGAGUUGCAGAAACUUGACAAGGCUCUGCAGCCAAUUGUGCGGAAUUUGUCAGCAGUUAUUGUCGCCAUAUUUGACGGCAGUGUGAGACAGAAAAUGGAAGAAGGGGCUUCAAAUGCAGCAUCAGAGGCCGGCAAUACCUGCGCUAAAUGGGGCGCUCCUUUUGUCAGAGAUAAGACUCAGGACAAGCGUUCUGGCGGCCUUCAGUUUCCCACAUACCGUGCAACAGUGCGUAGACAGGGGGUGUUCACCUCUCCGAGCUAUGGACCUGUGGACUUCAAUGAAGACUUAGCUGAGCCCAUGUACAGGAGUAUGACCAUUGUGUGGGACAGGGCUUUCAGUGGGAUGUUAUGGCGGGCCCUGGACACUUCGAAGACUGCCUUGAUGUCAGAGCUGAGCAGAAUCACAGCCAGCCUGGGGUCACAGCUGGGUCAACUGGGGGUCGACUCUUUGAGAUGUGCUAGAGUUGCUACACAACUCCUCUUCUCGGCAAACCACAAGCUUUCAGAAAUAGUGAGCCAACUAAAGGACUUGGUGACUAGCAAGCAGCGAGAUAUUUCCCGUAUUGUGACCCCACACGUUCAAACCUCGCUGCUCGGAACUUACGACAUGUGCGCCUCUGAGUCAGGUGUUGGAAUGUUCGUGCGUAUAAAGACGUACAUGUCAGAGGGCAUCGAAAGGAAUCGACACUCCAUGUUUGACCAGGCCACGGAAAAACUCAUGCAGGAGUUACUUGCCGUACAGCAAGAAGUCAUAGAGCAUGUGAAACAGGUCUGUGUGAGUCUCCUACAGGACCUCAGGGCUGCGUAUGAACCCUUGUGGGAGGCUCCUGCCAACUCCAUACAGAUAAGAGCAUCCUUCCAGAAACCCAUUUCAAAGAUAGCAAAAAGGAUGAAGAGGGUGUAUGAAGAGGCCGGCAUCGAAAGCCAUGACUAUCCACACGCUGACGAGAGACUUGACUUGCAUGGUAACCAUGGUAACAACCAAGUGAGCAGCACUGGCAUGAAUGGUCCUGGAAUCAUGAAGGAUCCUGAAGCAGGGCACAAUUUCCUGAAACAAGUGAAACUUGAAUCUGGUCAAGAGCCGCUGUUUCAUGGAACAGAACCGCAAGUGAAGACAGAGCCUGUGGAAACCAUGACGACAAUGUCUAGUGUGCAGACUGUAUCUGUUAAACGUGAGAGAGAGCUUCAAAGUGGUGAGAGUGCCUCCAGUCUCACAUUUGGUGAGCAGACAUUGAAUGACAUCCAGUCUGGUCGUCUGGAGGUGGCCCCAAUAGAGGUCGCUGUAUCGGCCACAGCCAUGAGUCCUACUGAAAACAUUGCUGCAAAACAUAAUCGGACAUUUGGUGUAGGUCCAUGCAACAUAGCAACUCGAAAAGUCAUGCAGUCUUUGUUGAUAGGGAAAAAGGUGAUGGCCACUGUAGGUCAAAUUGGUUCCAGUAUGGCUGCUGGACAUCAGAGACCAGUUGUAAAAGCAGUAGUACCAUCAGCUACAGUACAAGGUAUUGUUCAAGUAGCCAGUCUCAGCGGUUGUAACAGCAUUGUUCAGCCCCAACAAGGUCAAGUUGUCAGCAAUGCUGUAAUCAGCUCUGGCAAUUGCCAGUCCUCUGGUCAGUACCUCCUGUACACCCUAUCAGACGGACGCAAGGCCUUGACCCCAUUUCAAGUUCAGCCAAGCCAGACUCCUGCAAGCUUCCUUCAGAGUUCUAAACUUGCUGUUAAAAGUCCUGCUCCAUAUAUUCCAGGCACCUUAAGUUCUUCAAGGAAUUUAGUGGUUCCUAACCUUAAUAGCACACAAACUGGACUGUCUGAUAAGCCGAGCGAACAAGAAAACCAAUCAACUCUUUGCAAGUUUGGUAUCAAACCGGUUGCUAUAUUGCCCACGGCAAUUCAAUCACAAAGUGCUCAGACCAAGCCUUUCAUUGUCAAUAAAAGUAACACAUUACUGUCUCAGAAGAACGCCCCUGCUGUUCUGGAACCCGCUCUUGUCACUGUGAAAACCGAUCCAGUCGACAACAGCUGCUCUGGGCGUAUCAGGCGUGCUAAUAAGAACUUUGGGUUUGUGGAUCUGACAGACGAUGAUUGAAGAGGUGUUCAGAUUGAUCAUCAAGUUCUGGACGUGAAGUCACGAAGUCACAUUUAUUGCUGGAUAUCAUGCAAUUGCAUUGUGUUUACACUUAUUUUAGUAACGAUUGUCGCUUAAACAAGUUGAUUUGAGAAUUACAGUAUGCUGUUUGUGUAAUCUUAAAAACAUGCAGUUAUGUAUGAAUUUGUGUUAUUCGCUCACUUGAUGAAACCCCCCUGUAUUUGCUCCUUGAAGUGUGUGUGUUUCUAUUGCACAUGUAAAGCCGAUGUUGCAUCUUUUUGCAUUGUUCUAUGACAGGACUGCCUGUUGCCAAUUUGUUCCAUCAGCUUUAAAAUGCCAUUUAAUCAAGCUUUCGAGUCGAGUUUCUGACAAUUUGUGUUGUCUGUUGUCUGAUUAACAAAUUAAAUCUUGUUUAAAUAUUUUAGCUUGAACAGAAACGAUGAACAAUGUAUGUCGAAUGUAUGAUCCCUAAAUUUACAGAUUUAUUUUAAUGGACAUGUAUUGUUAAUAUUUACUGAAACAUAAUAGCCAGAGAAAGUCAUUGUAAAUUAUACUGUUGUAGAUGUUAAGAUCUGAGUUAAUGUUUUCAAAUUAUUAUGUAGAAGUCAUUAUACAAACCUAUUUGUUUGAAGAAUAAAGAUCAAAUAUGUAUAAUUAAUAAUUUUUAGAGUAUGCAUUAUUGAAAUACCAUUUUACUUCAAUAUGCAUGGAUUAUAUAUUUUUGUUUAAAGUUCUUGUCUUUAUUUGGGACAUUAAAGGAGUUAUUUUGGCCCUUUAUUGUGUAAGCUUAAUUUAACUUGGACAAGUUGCGUCCACAAUCCUGUUGGCGUUGUUAUUGUUUUUGGGUAAUUUAAUCUCGUUUUUCUGCUUAGACAUUUUCAGGUGUAUUUUAUCAUUAUGUUCUUAUUGUAUAUGUAUGUAUGUGCAACAAUUAAAUUUGUCAAAAAUGCCGAAGACUAUCCUUUCUUUCUGUCUUGUAUUUAAUUGUAAUUGAACAUUGACUCAAAUGUUACUUUUAAUUACCGUUAAACCAGUAAAUAUGUUAUCAAAUAAAUUUGAAAGAUUAAAAUUUAUGCUGAGACAAAAAAUUUUUUUUAUUAUGUUUCCUUAAAUGGUUCAAAGGAAAAAAACACAAAAAAAGUGUUCAAAAUAUACAUGUAUUUUAUGAUUUCCGGUGGUUAAUAGAGAAAUAUCAGUGAAUUGAAACUGAUAAUUCACUGUUAAACUGCAACGCCAUUAUAUAAGAAAAAAUAUACAAAUAAUCAUAAAGUAAAAAUAAAAUUUGUUGGGUUUGGUGGAAAAUAAAUUUGUAUUCACUGGUGAUCAUUAAAAAAAAAUUCUAUGAUCACGCGUGAAUUAAAAUCUACCAAAUUCUACCAAAUCCAACAAAUAUCCUGUAUUUUACACAUUACAAUUAAACUGAAGACCUGAUUGUGUUUCAAUGCCACCCACAUUUUAUCUAUGGACAUGAAAUCUUCUGUAAAAUCUAAAAUCUAAGAUUGUUAUUUUAAUUUUAAAUUUACAUGUACUGUUUAAUUUCAGUCUCAUAAACGUACUUUAUGGAAGGGUGAAAAUAUCAGUUGUAAAACUUUCACUCUCCUUGUUACUUCUAUCCUUUCACUACUUCUACUUAUAGUAAUGGAUUUGGGGGUUAAAAAACAUUUCCUUUAAAAAGAAUAUUACAAUGAAGACCUGUUAUUAUUGAAUGUCUAACUGCGUGUUCUACUAUUCUAUGUUUAACAUAUUUUUGAUAUGAUAUACUUUGCCUUUUUGUGGAGAAUAUUACACGCUUUUCAAGCAUUUCUUGCAAAAUAAAUAAAUGCAUGGAAACUUGCUUGUUUAAACUUGAAAUACAAAACAAUUUGCAUAUUUCGGUGGAAGAAGAUGGCAGUAUUAAGAGGAAAAAGUGCUAACAGCAUCCAUAAAACUGUCCAUUUUAUAUUUUGGCAUGUGUUUUCUGUGGCCGAAGAAUUCAUUUUAAAUCUAAAUCUUGUCAAAUCAAAUGUGGUAUUUGUGCCAAAUAUAAGUUUUCUUUUGGAAAGUUUAAUUUUAUUAAGUAACAAUUAUGAAGAUUUUAUUUUUAUACUCAUAAGUUAUUUGCGUUUGUAUUGUUUUUGUUCAAAAUUUAUCUGUUUUUGUUUGAAUUUGCUUCAGUGUUUAUCCGCGUUCAUCUUAGUUUCUUUUGACUUCAUGCAUGUGAAUGUUUAUGUUCCUGUUUGAUUACGAAUUUCAUUCUUUUAUCAUUUUUUUAACAUUAUUCAUUUUCAUAACACACACGGUAAGAGCCAUAUUUACUGUACACGCUUUUAACACUGGACUGGCAUGUGUUUUAGUAUAAAUCUUGCAAUGCUUAUCAAGAAAAAAGGUGCUAUUAUUAUGUCAUAACUUUGUGUGCAUGCUUAUUUUGUAGCUUACGUUUCUAAGGAGACAUAUUCACUGAAUAGUAGUGUAUUAGUAUUAAAAACAAGGAUAGUUUCAUUUUAUUUAAUGUAUUUGAUUUGCCUUAAAUGUGUGUAAAACUCUACUUUUUAUUUUCAAUUGAAUAAAAAAAGAUACUAUGUGAGCUAUUGAAAAGGAAGCCUUUUUAAUGCCGAUAUAUUUGCUGCUAUUAAACCUUGGUUCGUUUUAGGCUAUCCUUCUAGAUAGUGUACUUGUUAAAUGUAUUGCAUGUUUAAACAUAACUGUCGUGAAUCAAAUACAGAUAUUCCAUCUUGACAAUAGAAAAUUCACCUAUUUUCAAUACUUCAUUAGUCUGAAGUUUUUAAGCUAGUCAAUCAUGUUUGUUACAUUUUAAAUCAAUCAUUGCGCUUAUAUAUAAUAAAUAUAUUCCCAUAUAAAA